GGGCUCUGUACGAUGGACUUCGGCUGCAAUGGGCCUAUCCGAUUGUCACUGAUUUCACGAUCGGAGUUUCUCAACCGAAGAAAGAAAUAUCGAGUUCGAAUUUACCAUCAUCUGCAAAUUCGUCUCGUUCUGGUAUGUAAUAUGGGCCAUGCACUUACUGUCUCCAUAUUAUCUGUACCCUAACCGUCGUUCCUAAGAAUUUACGCUUACCCUGAAGUCUCAGGAUGGAGAUUCAAAACCUUUGUCAGUGAAAGUCCAAGACACUCAACGGUUGCAACGCCUGCUGGCGGAAUACAAUUAUCUCAAAUCGAUAACUGAUUCGUUUGAGUGUAUGUGCCUGGCUUCUGCGAUAGCAUAUAGUGACAUUUCUUGUGCAGACAAACCGGAGAGUGCAUAUGACGGCCACCAGUGGAUCGCUCCAUACAUUCGGAAGCAGAAAUCUCUUCCAUCCUGUGGUAGAUAUUCGGAUCUCUCGUCAGCCCCUGCACUUACGACUGUCUUCAGCGAGUGCUGGGCUUCCCGGAGACGACAUGGGUGAUAUAGAUAUUAUACGAGAAGAUUGGGUUCGUAGGACGGCAAUUGAAAGAUGCAAGAGUGCAUCACCGAGAGUUACAAAUGGUCCCCUUUUUAGGCUGCGUAUCGGAACCUUUAAUGUCAACGGAAAGAACCCUUCACAGGACCUAUCAGCAUGGGUCAGAGGUGGUAUAUCGAGGCAAAAGGGAGGGAAGUCUUUCAUACCUCCCGUAGCACCAGUUUCUCCCUUUGAGCUUUUCUCUGAUCCCAUAAAUAAUGUUCAAUCGCUGGAUGCAUCUAAUGAUCCCCACUUAACCGUCUCCGCAACCCAUCCAGGAUCUUCACAAACUUCAUUACAGGAAAAUAACAUCCAGGGCAAUACUGAUGCCGACCCUGAUGUUCUAGUAUUAGGCUUUCAAGAACUAGACCUUUCCACAGAAGCUUUGUUGUAUUCUACCAGUACAUUAAAGGAGGAUGCCUGGGUGGUUUCUGUCUUCGCAGCUCUAGGCGAGAAAGCCGCAGUUUAUCAGAAGUUAGCAUCGAAGCAACUCGUUGGCAUGCUGCUAUUGGUGAUCGUCAAAAGUUCUUUGGCACCUUAUUUCAGUAACGUUAAAUCCAGCGUUGCUGGCUCUGGUAUCAUGGGGAUCAUGGCGAGCGCUACUGCCUUACGCAUAACUUAUACUCCUCCCACCUCACCUUCACUAAGGCAGCCACGCCCUGCGGUGCUCACCUUUGUCAAUUCUCAUCUAGCCGCAUUUGAUGAAAUGGUAGACAGACGCAACUACGACUUUCACGAACUGUCCAGACGCCUUGCAUUUGAGAGUAACACAACGGACGAUGUAGCUUCAACCGCCGGAGCCCCACUACCCUCAGAAGUGCCAACGACAAAUAUAUAUGAGACUGAUGCUUUGUUCUGGAUAGGAGGUCUGUUAGUCUCGUUUAGAGUUGGUAUGCUGUUGUUGACGUGGGAGCCAGACUUAAACUAUAGACUAGACAUUGAUGAUUCCGAUGUGAGGAGCUUAAUAGUUACUCGAAAUUCCGAAAACAAUAAUAUGGCGACCUUGGUGAAAUAUGACCAGGUAUGUCAGACUAAUUAA